GGUGAUGGCGGAGCUACAGCAGCUGCAGGAGUUUGAGAUCCCCACGGGCCGGGAGGCUCUGAGGGGCAACCACAGUGCCCUGCUGCGGGUCGCUGACUACUGCGAGGACAACUAUGUGCAGGCCACAGACAAGCGGAAGGCGCUGGAGGAGACCAUGGCCUUCACUACCCAGGCACUGGCCAGCGUGGCCUACCAGGUGGGCAACCUGGCCGGGCACACUCUGCGCAUGUUGGACCUGCAGGGGGCCGCCCUGCGGCAGGUGGAAGCCCGUGUAAGCACGCUGGGCCAGAUGGUGAACAUGCAUAUGGAGAAGGUGGCCCGAAGGGAGAUCGGCACCUUAGCCACUGUCCAGCGGCUGCCCCCCGGCCAGAAGGUCAUCGCCCCAGAGAACCUACCCCCUCUCACGCCCUACUGCAGGAGACCCCUCAACUUUGGCUGCCUGGACGACAUUGGCCAUGGGAUCAAGGACCUCAGCACGCAGCUGUCAAGAACAGGCACCCUGUCUCGAAAGAGCAUCAAGGCCCCUGCCACACCCGCCUCCGCCACCUUGGGGAGACCACCCCGGAUUCCCGAGCCAGUGCACCUGCCGGUGGUGCCCGACGGCAGACUCUCCGCCGCCUCCUCUGCCUCUUCCCUGGCCUCGGCCGGCAGCGCCGAAGGUGUCGGUGGGGCCCCCACGCCCAAGGGGCAGGCAGCACCUCCAGCCCCACCUCUCCCCAGCUCCUUGGACCCACCUCCUCCACCAGCAGCCGUCGAGGUGUUCCAGCGGCCUCCCACGCUGGAGGAGUUGUCCCCACCCCCACCGGGCUUUCUGCUUUUCCCCCAAGACGAAGAGCUGCCCCUGCCACUGGACCUGCCUCCUCCUCCACCCCUGGAUGGAGAUGAAUUGGGGCUGCCUCCACCCCCACCAGGAUUUGGGCCUGAUGAGCCCAGCUGGGUGCCUGCCUCAUACUUGGAGAAAGUGGUGACACUGUACCCAUACACCAGCCAGAAGGACAAUGAGCUCUCCUUCUCUGAGGGCACUGUCAUCUGUGUCACUCGCCGCUACUCCGAUGGCUGGUGCGAGGGCGUCAGCUCAGAGGGGACUGGAUUCUUCCCUGGGAACUAUGUGGAGCCCAGCUGCUGACAGCCCAGGGCUCUCUGGGCAGCUGAUGUCUGCACUGAGUGGGUUUCAUGAGCCCCAAGCCAAAACCAGCUCCAGUCACAGCUGGACUGGGUCUGCCCACCUCUUGGGCUGUGAGCUGUGUUCUGUCCCUCCUCCCAUCGGAGGGAGAAGGGGUCCUGGGGAGAGAGAAUUUAUCCAGAGGCCUGCUGCAGAUGGGGAAGAGCUGGAAACCAAGAAGUUCGUCAACAGAGGACCCCUACUCCAUGCAGGACAGGGUCUCCUGCUGCAAGUCCCAAUUCUGAAUAAAACAGAUGAUGUCCUGUGA